UGUUGCAAGAGCCCGGAGCAGUGAAAGGGACACUGUCCCUAUCCGAAUCCUUCUGUCGCACUUGAUCCCAGUCGAAAUAAUCUAACGAUAGGGACGGGUCAACUUGGUCAAAUAGAGGAAUCAAUCAAAAAUAAUCGCUGUUAGUAGUGCUUACUCAUAGCUUGAAGUAUGGUAAAGUGAACAUUGGGAUAUUCUUUGAUUUUUUUUUCUUUACAUCGACCGUUGAGGGGGUAGGCUACUCGUGGAGUUAAAAGGCGGACCACUUGUGUUUGCCCUGGUUCUGUCAGAUGAACAAAUCGUAAGAAGUCGAUACCACUCGCGUAUUUUUCCAGCUGACAUCUUCGUGUUAGCAAAGGAAAGCUCCCCCUGUCAUGGCUGCUCCAUCCUUCCUCCUCCUCUUCCCCCUGGGUUUGCUGUCUGCUGUGAGAUCAGCCUCGCUGAUGGGCCCUGGCUCUAUGACGUCAUCAGAUCCCUCCGUCCAGGCUCCUCAUUUGACUGGGUGUAAGUCCAGUGAACAGGAGACGUUUAGGUGUUGGUGGAGUCCCGGAAGCUUCCAGAAUCUCACGGAACCCGGAGCACUGCAAAUCCAGUACUGGAAGAAGAAUGACUUGACAAAGGAAUGGAAGGAGUGCCCUGACUACUCCUCCUCUGUGAAGAACGAAUGUUUCUUUAAUAAGAACAACACGGUUAUCUGGAUCAAAUACUGUGUGCGGCUCCACUCUGAAAGCCAGAACAAAACCUACGAUACCUUGUGCUUCGAAUUGCAGGACAUUGUGCACCCUGACCCGCCAGUGGCUCUGAAUUGGACGCUGCUGAACAUCAGCCGGUCGGGCCUGAACUAUGACAUCAUGGCGAGCUGGGAACCCCCGCCCUCGGCUGACGUAUCCGUUGGAUGGUUGACACUGGUGUAUGAAGUUCAGUACAGGAGGAGGAACAGCUCACACUGGAAAGUGUUGGAGCAUGAGUUUGGCACCCAGCAGUCUAUCUACGGCCUUCAGACAGGAGAGGCGUACGAGGUGCGUGUGCACUGUGCAAUGAGGGCCUUCAAUAACUUUGGGGAGUUCAGUGAUGUCAUCUUUGUCCACGUGCCAGAGAUUCCCAAUAAAGAGUCAACGUUCCCUGUGACUCUGGUCCUGAUCUUCGGGGCUGUGGGCGUGGCCAUUCUCCUCAUGCUCAUCAUCUUCUCUCAGCAGCAGAGACUGAUGGUGAUUCUGCUGCCUCCUGUCCCUGCACCCAAAAUCAAAGGGAUAGAUCCAGCACUGCUUAAGAAGGGAAAGCUGGACGAGCUGAACUUCAUCCUGAGUGGAGCUGGUAUGGGGGCUCUCCACUCCUACCCCCCGGACCUGUACCAGGACGUGCCCUGGGUGGAGUUCAUCGAGCUGGACGCAGACGAGCCUGGGGAGAAGGACAACCAGAGCUCAGACUCACAGAGACUGCUCGGUCACAACAACCACCACGCAAACCAUGGCUGCUCUCAUGGCCUCGGUAUCCCUGAUGAUGACUCUGGCCGGGCCAGCUCCUAUGAUCCAGAGCUGCCUGACCAGGAGACCCUGAUGUUAAUGGCUGCCCUCCUGUCCUGCCAACCCGACAAAGUUGAGCCAUGCUUGGGGAACUGGAGCCACUCAAGCACCCCGUCCCUAGAAGUGCUGGAGGUCCCAUGCCCCCGGCUCCAGGCUCCAGGCUUACCUCCAGAGGGAGGGGAGAGGCACCUGGUCCAGACCCAGCUGGGAGGCCCUCAGAGCUGGGUAAACAUGGACUUCUAUGCCCAGGUCAGCGAUGUGACGCCCACCGGAGGGGUGGUGCUCUCGCCAGGCCAGCAGGUCAGAGCCCCGGAGAACACUCCAACAACAGAGAAGGAUAAGAAGGGAAAAAUUGAGGGAGGAGAGGAGGAGAGUGAGGAAGAGGAGGAGAGGAGAACGAACAAGCUGAAGUUUCAGCUGCUGGUGGUUGUUCCUGAGACAGGGGGCUACACGACAGAGAGCAGRGGCCGGCAGAUGAGCACCCCUGACCCCUCCUCACCUGGGGAGGUCUARCACACCUUCCCCCCACCUUCCGCCGAGAGCAAGCCCCACCAGGAGGCCUAUCUUCCUGCUACCACCCCCCUAGGGGACUACCAGUCCCCUUACAUCCUUCCUGACUCCCCCCCUGCUCAGUUCCUCCCCCCUGUUUCGGACUACACUGUGGUUCAGGAUGUUGAUUUCCAGCACAGCCUUCUCCUCAACCCCKCGUCCCCCCAGAGGUCCCCUACCUGUUCCCCACAACCCCCCUCCAAGCCCCUGCCCGUCAUGCCCAUAGGGUACCUCACCCCGGACCUGUUGGGCAACCUCUCGCCUUAAGAAAAACUACACCGCCCAGGAGGCUGGAGGCCACUUGUCAUGAAGUCAAUAAUCAUUACAUUUA